GAAUCUGGUUUGGCAAGAUUUCUGGAGAAUGGGCGAGCGAGAAGAGACAAACCCUGAAAGGCGGAAAAGAGCUAAAUAGUUUAGGACUGCAGUUUCACAGAGUUACUCGAGCUGUUGUAAUUUGAUACUUUCUUAUAUGUUCGGAGGAAUUACAUUUUAGAGUUUUAAGAAGGUUUCGGCACAAGGAGGUGCCUGUGUUUCUAUAACCCAGACAAGUUCAAGCCAGAGGGAUGAACUGGUCAGGACUUGAAAGCCUGUUGAGCGGAGUCAAUAAGUACUCCACUGCAUUUGGCAGGAUUUGGCUGUCCAUGGUGUUCGUCUUCCGUGUACUAGUAUUUGUGGUGGCAGCUCAGAGAGUUUGGGGUGAUGAAAGCAAAGACUUUGUGUGCAAUACACGACAGCCGGGCUGCACCAACGUCUGCUAUGACCACAUCUUCCCCAUCUCCCACAUCCGUCUGUGGGCACUACAGCUGAUCUUUGUCACAUGCCCCUCCCUAAUGGUGAUGGCUCAUGUCAAAUUCCGGGAAGGCAAGGACAAAAAGUAUGUGGAGUUGCACCAAGGCUCACACCUAUAUGCAAACCCCGGCAAGAAGAGAGGAGGGCUUUGGUGGACCUAUCUACUCAGUUUGGUCUUCAAAGCUGGAUUCGACAUCUCUUUCCUAUACAUUCUGUAUAGGAUUUACCAUGGAUAUGACUUGCCAAAGUUAUCCAAGUGCGCACUGGAUCCAUGCCCAAACACUGUGGACUGCUUCAUCAGCCGGCCGACAGAAAAAAAGAUCUUCAUGUUGUUCAUGGUCAUCUCUAGUGCACUUUGCAUCUUCAUGUGCAUUUGUGAAAUGAUCUAUCUCAUUGGCAAGAAAAUAGUCAAAAACCUAAAGGUCCGCCACGAGAAUGAGAGGGUGGUGUUUGCCGAUCAGCAUGAGCUCACCAACAUGGCCCCACCCAGGUCGAUGUACAGGAAGACUGAUCCAACGCUGGCUGCGAGUCAGCAAAGUUUAAAUAAGAGAGAGAAGACCAGAGAUAUUGGUGCGAUUACAACCCUUUAGACCUCCAGUCAAGAUGGAGUUGUUCUCUGAUCGACAUCUCCGCAACAGCAGUUAAUGGAUACAAGAGGAUUGACUGAAAAUAUGUUUUGCUGUACGCUGUAGGAGAUUCUAUUCUAAGGAAGAGGAAAAACCUAAAUGUUUGUUUGGAUUUCACAUUUCUAUCUCUUCAUCUUUAGAGAGAAUCAACCUAUAACUGAUGUCUAGUGCCUUGAUACAGAGCUCCGUUGGAACUACAGUCUGUGCAGGCCAACAUCUGCAUUAUCCCUUAAAAAUCUUACACAAAGCACCAUGGCUGAACGUGGUGGACAUUUUUGCUUGCCGGGCUGAGUUAUGAAAUAUCAUUUAUGACAGAUUUUAUAUGGUUAUUUAAUUUUAACAUAUAUAUUAGUAGGUAUGUUUUAUUCAAAUUGACAUGACUGUUUGUGAUAGUUUUCGUUUAACGUACUGUCAAAAAGCUAUCAUUCAAGUUUUUUUUUUUUCCAAGGGGGCAAGUGCGUUUUCGUUACACUGUAUAUGUUUGCAUAAAAUGCAAAAUGUAUAAGGUACAGUGUUAUGAAAAGGUUUGAUUACCCCUGAUAAUUUAUAAAAAAUUUCCUUCAUAAAUCAUUGAUUGAAUGGAUCAACAAUUUCAGUUAAAUAUAACAUAUAGCAGACAAACAAAGUAAUACAUGAAAAGUGAAAACAGGUUUACGCAGAGGAACGCUCAGGAAAUACUGUUGUUUUUAAUUUGAUAAUAAAAUGCUAAAUUGCCAAAAGUCUCUUCAGGUCUUUGUAACCCUAAACAAUCCCAUUGUUGCUAUGCAGACACUGUCUACCAGAAAGUGACCAAUAGCAACGUUUGGAAACUGCUCUCAACAACCCAUGACAUAACCUGCAUGCCCACCCACCCCCUCCAAAAUUCAUCCAAUGGCCCAAAAUUACCUUAGUGAUUAAAUCUAAAAUUGUAGUGCAUUUUAGCAUUAUAUACAGUAUAUACCCCAGAGGACGCUAAAUCUCUUUAAAAGACGUUUCCAGAAGGCCUGAUAAAAUUGAUAAUACAGGUUGAGAUUACAAAACUAAUCAUUCUGUUGUUGAUGCUGUAACUCUCAAGUGAGUUUUAGGACAUAAAAUUAUAGGGAAGGGAGUAGGGUGACUCUGUGUCCUUUAUUUCAAGGUGAGCCCUCGAAUUGCAUCCCCAGCUGGAGAAGAAGACACCAUGUGGUUGUGUCAUAUCCGCUAACACUCCUUGCUGAUUUUCUGUAACGGUAUAAACACUGAACACAAAGUGGUGUUAGAAAGGCGCUCAUUCAGGUCUACAGUUAUUACGAGUGACAAGGUAGAACCACAAAAAGAAAGGGAAAAAAAUUGGACAAUGAGAAAAAUGUCAUUAUAUUAAAAAAUUAAAGUCGUAAUACUACGUAAUGUUGCUUAAUAUUACGAGAAAAGAGUCAUAAUGAGGCAUAGUUUUACGUACUAUCGCGAGAUUGUGAGAUCGUAAUACUAAAUCGUAUGAUAUAGUUCCUGGAUUACUAUGACUUUUUUCCCUCCAAGUAUUACAACAUAUGACUUAAUUUUCAAAAUAUAAUGAGUUUACUGCUGUAAUGACUUCAUUCUCAUAGCCCUAUAUUUUUUUUCUAUAUUUCUGUGGCCCUAAUACUCCGCCAUAAAUUAUGAAUUUAAGUCAUAGCUACAUAUAAAACAAAACCUGGAUUUUAAAAAAACUACUUCUUUAUAUUUUUCAAUUAGAAUUAUUUAUACCGUAAAUUGUGUGUGAAUGCUGAGACAUCUGGUAGUAGAGAAAGUUUAGUUGGACUGAGGAGAAUAAUUGCUUAAUAUGAGUUUAUUAUUUAUAUUUUUUUGUCCUUGAGCAAGUCUGUCUGCAUCCUCCGAGAAAUGCAAUUCUAUGAUUAAAAAUUCAUACUUUUAUUAUUGGAGUGCUACAGAGGGAAUGUGUGACAGACUGUAAUUGUAUUUCUUACAGAUCAUAUUUGGUUGGGUGAAAAAAAUCUGUUUGCAUAUUGCAUUUGAACACAAUGUAUAACUAAGAACUGCAAUCUUGAAAUGUAUAAGAACACCUUUUGUACAGAUCAUAAAAUUUUCAUUUACUCACUUUACUGUUUUGCUGGAUAAGAAAUAGGUUUAAAUGUUUAUAAAUUUCACUUCAUCUGUCCAAACUGAUCAUUGUUGUGUGCUGCAGCAUGUCUUAUGUAGUAUGCAUUUUGUGAUUUUUUUUAUCUGACCUGCAUAUUAGUCAUGUGGUGAUUUAGGCCCUAUUCAAUACACUACAUAACUUUGACAGCUCAUUUAAGCAUAUAAAUAUUGUAUGCAGGAUGUGUUUUUGAUUGUUGAUUGUGAACGUUUUGUAUUUGUAUGUUUUUUUAACUAAAAACCUUU